AUGGCAAGCAUCAGGUCCAAUGGACUCGGAGCGUCCCAUCGUGUCAUGGUCCCCUCAAAAUCUCCGAAAUUCUGUGAAACCUCUUCUGCCGCAGCCUCGCCACCAAACAUGAGAUUUGAGCUGACCUUCACAGAGGUUCAAAAUUUCCUCGACAAACCAACACCUCUCGGGCAACCAUAUUGUAUUCCGUGCGACAGAACUUUCACCUCCCUUCGAGAACUCGACGUCCAUCUCUGCAAAAGUACACUCCAUGGUCCCCGAGACAAAAUCUUGUGUCCAGCAUGCGAGCGGCAAUUCGCCAGCGCGCAAGCUCUGCAAAACCAUAGUAUCACCGUCCAUCGUGCCACUUUAAGUGCGAUCGGCGUGACACUCUCUCAUCCCCACGCACGAACUCGACACAUGGUAUGUCCGAUGGGCUGCAGCGAUGGUGAAUGCUCCAACAUCUUUCAUUCGGCAAAUGCUGUGCUCGGCCAUCUAUGGCUGAAUCAUGAAGAGUUUGCACGCAACAACCGGGUUGUCUUCAACGCCUUGGCAGCGCUGUACAGUCGAGCAGCCAGCAUAACUCCUUUACAAACGACAGCUUCCAUGGCGAUGCCCUCGCCGGGGCUGAUUCGCUCUUCCGCUGCCACAGAGGCGUCACAGCGAGCGGACAGUCCAGUCUGUGGAGAUGGUCACAUCGUCCAGCAAUGCAAGGAGACCAGCAACUCAUCUACCCCACGUCGUACCACAGCCAAUGGCUACGACGUUAUGGUAGGAAAUCUUGAUCCACACACACCUGCGCGCGCACUUGAGGCAUUGAUCCUAGACCUUGGAUAUUCCGAUGUGGUCGUGUUCGCCGGGCCGGUCAUUCGAGAUACAUCGGCCUAUGUGUUUGUCAACACACCCCUAGAUGUGAAUGCUCGUGCAAUGGCGACAGCAUUGAAAUCGUGCACCUUGUUCGGUCGUCGCUUGGAGGUUGAAAUGGUUGGCUCUCCCGACAAUGUUGUCGUCGAAGAAGUCAUGGACAGAGACGACCAUGCUGGGCAGACGGCGACCGAUCCUCUUCUGCGAGAGCGCGUCAGGCCAUCCGAGAUGGAUGCUCUUCCAGGGAUCAGAGAAAGAGAAGGACGCAAUAACUUACAUGAAGAUCGUGAUCAAUUUAAAACGCUCUCAGAUUGCUCUGUGUCGGUGAUCGCGCCUGCAAAAGAUGUCAGCGCCCGAGAUGAUGUGGAAAAUACACCUCGGCGGAGUCAUCAGCCCACAACUGAGAGAGCCUUGAGGCCGCGAGGGCGCGCAGAAAUAGUACCUAGUGGCCAGCACUCGAAUCCGAAGCACACUAAUCAGAUUCGCACGCCUCAACUCGUCGUUUCAGGGGCUGCAAGGUUGGAACGGGCAAGAAAGUUUGCGAACCUCCCGAGGAAACUCCCUGCGUUUGCUACUGCAUCGAAUGCGAUUCAGUGUGGAGAAUUAAUUAGGGAUGUGAACAAGCGUUCUAAUCCGUCAGGGGCCGCCUUGGCCGUUCCUGUGGCCCCGAAAACCAUCCAGUGGGGUUCAAACGCAGUCCCAAGUAAAGCUAAACCGCGAAAAUCAAUCCGGAGUUCUGUGACUGUCGGAUCCUCAAGGAAACCAACUUCGACGAUUCGGUCUGGAGCAACAAAGGGCGCCCAUACUCCAUCAUCUGCCAAUGUAGCCAAUAAUCUUGCACAAUCGGAAUCGAAACGGAAGCAAAAUGACAAUUCAACUAAUUCGCAUCUUCAAGCAUGGCCUGCAUCAAGCUCAGGAUCAUUGCAGAGUCGCAAGACGGAGGGUACGAUUCUGGACCAGGUGCAAGCAAUCAAACGCCGUCGCAUUGAUCUGGAGAGGCCGAUGGAGACCAACACGAGGGUGGUCCCAAAUUCCAGCAUAGAAAGCCAGCAACGCAUAGUUCCGUUUGCAGUAAUGUUUCCGUUGAGCCCGGAACUGCCACCAUGCAAUCAAGACGAGUGGUUUGGUCGCUUAACUCCACACGGGGAGGAUGAAUUGAAUUACCGUUCAUCUCGCCGCGAAGAGACGCUGCAGCAGUCAGGGCUACCCGUCGAGACAAAGACGGUUGAGCCGGUUUUCAUCGCGACUCAAGUACCGGAGGAUAAUUGUGAUCGGUGGAGAAUUGGCGAAGCAAAGCCGGGAGUAAAAUGGUGA